AUGCAUCAUAAACACAAGCUUGAUGAUUCAUUAGUGUCUUCUGAUCGAUCAAAUGAAAUUGAUACAUUAGAUGUUGAACAGAUAAUAUCCAAUGCAUAUGAUCAAGCAAUACAUGUUGUCCAACAUUCAAAAAUGUUAGAUGUAUUAUACCAACAUGAUAUAAUUAAUUUAAAAGAGUUAAGUGCAUUUGUUUUUGAUAAUUUAAGUAAAACUUCAAAAAUGUUUGGUUAUUCUUCACAAAUAACAAAUGACAACACUGAAGAGUUUGAGUUGGACGAAGAAAAUGAUGAUAAUGAUCUGCUAAAUGACGAACAAGAUCAGCUCAAUGACGAAGACCUAUUAGAUUUUGAAAAUGAUAAUGAUAUUGCUGAUGAAGACGUACUCACUUCAACAAAAUCCGACUUCAAU